GGCGAUGGUAAGUGCAUAAACUCUUCGGUAGUAGUACCCAUUUCAAUUUCACCGGGUUAUCGUUGAGUAGGUGCGGUACUUUACUGUUUUCUGCGUGUGCUAGUGGUGAAAUUUGGUUUGUGAAUUUUAACGUUGAAUCAAGACACAUGGCGUGCGAUUGCCCGCUUACGCAGCCAGGUCCCACUCUAGCGGCGACAUGCGGUGGCGCCCCCUUCAUGCUCUUCAUGGGCCUUUUAGAAGUAUUCCUCCGUUCUCAAUGCGACGUAGAGGACCCUUGCAAUCGUCCCAAACCUCCUUCGCUAUUCCACGACUAUGAUUUUAUAGUUGUUGGAUCGGGAAGUUCUGGGGCAGUGGUGGCUAGUAGAUUGUCUGAAAUUCCUGAGUGGAGAGUAUUACUUAUUGAAGCAGGUCUAGACGAGCCAACAGGUACGCAAGUGCCGUCGAUGUUCCUAAAUUUUAUCGGAUCUGAGAUAGAUUGGGGUUAUCAGACGGAACCGGAAACACAGGCAUGUCUAGGAGAAGUCGGACAAAGAUGUUACUGGCCCAGGGGGAAGGUUUUAGGCGGUACAUCCGUCAUGAACGGAAUGAUGUACAUGCGCGGCUCGAGAAAGGACUACAACGAUUGGGCAGCGAUGGGCAACGAAGGAUGGACCUACAACGAAGUACUACCGCACUUCCUUAAGAGCGAAGACAACAAACAAAUGGACCAAGUCGAUAUCGGUUACCAUGCUAAAGGGGGCUUACUUUCUGUGUCGCAGUUUCCUUACCAUCCACCGUUAUCGAAAUCAAUAUUAAAAGCUGCACAAGAACUUGGUUAUCCCAUUAGAGACCUAAAUGGAAGAUAUCACACAGGAUUCAACAUUGCUCAAACGACCAACAAAAAUGGAUCGAGGAUGAGUACUGCCAAAGCGUUUCUCAGACCCUUCAAAAAUAGACAGAACCUGCAUAUUUUAUUAAAUUCAACUGUCACAAAGGUGUUGAUUAAUACCACAACAAAACAAGCUUAUGGCGUUGAAGUUUUAAGAGAAGGGAAAAAGAGUACUAUUUACGCCAUUAAAGAGGUGAUUUUAUCAGGUGGUGCUAUUAACUCGCCACAAAUUCUGCUUCUCUCCGGCAUUGGUCCCAGUGAAGAGCUGAAGAAGGUGAAAAUUCCAGUGAUCCAUGAUUUGCCAGGUGUUGGCAAGAAUCUUCAGAACCAUGUUGCGUAUGCUGUAAAUUUUUUCAUCAACGACACAAAUACUGCUCCCUUAAAUUGGGCCACUGCUAUGGAAUACCUGCUCUUUAGAGAUGGACUUAUGAGUGGAACAGGCAUCUCCGAAGUGACUGGCUUUGUCAACACAAAAUACCAAGAUCCAAUGGAAGAACAUCCUGAUAUCCAGUUCAUUUUUGGGGGAUUUUUAGCAAAUUGUGCCAGAUCCGGACAAGUUGGAGAAAAAGUAGACAAUAAUUCCAGGUCGAUACAAUUUAUUCCCACUUUACUGCAUCCAAAAAGCAGGGGUUCCAUUCGACUAAAAGACUUCAAUCCUCUAAGUCAUCCAACAAUUUAUGGAAAUUACUUUUCAAAUCCUGAAGACGUCAAAGUGCUCAUAGAAGGAAUUAAAGUAGCCUUGAGGUUAUCAGAGACUAAAGCUUUAAGACGAUACAGUAUCCAGCUAGAUAGGACUCCAGUAGCAGGAUGCGAAAAAAUAUCCUUUGGAUCGGACAACUACUGGGAGUGCGCCAUAAAAAGGCAAACGGCACCCGAAAACCAUCAGUGCGGGUCUUGUAAAAUGGGUCCUCCAACUGAUCCAUUAGCAGUUGUCAAUCCAUCUUUGCAGGUUCACGGAGUAGACAGGCUGCGAGUGAUGGACGCGAGCAUUAUGCCAAAAGUGACGUCUGGAAAUACGAACGCCCCGUGCAUUAUGAUCGCAGAAAAGGGUUCGGACUUGAUAAAGUCGAGAUGGUUGACUGCGGAAUCCGGUUAUUAUUACUCUAACAUACCCAAUCAAAGAAUAAAUAGACAAUGGGGGUCGUGGUAGAAGAAUUUUGUAAAUAUUUACAUAGAAAUUUUUAAUUUAUGUUAGCUUUAAGAUACUUGGAUAAAUAUCGCGUUUUCAUAGGAAUGUCAAGUGAUAAUUUUGAAAUUUGUUUGUAUAUAAUACAG